UUUUAUCGUUUAUUGAAACUGUUUCAGAAAUACAAUGGUGCCGUUAGACUUGCAAUCUGUUCAAAGGUUGACAAGAGACAUGAGUGAUCUCGAAGUGCGUGAACAACUAGAUUCUAGAGAACUUGAUCAACUGCUGCAGGAGCUAGAGAACACAGAUUCGGAAACUCAACUAGAAUGUUUACGAGGGUUGAGAAUGAGUGUGGCAGGGGUGAGGAAGAAUGCUCAAUAUGUUCUAGAUAAACUCUCAUCAGAUACAAAACUUCAGGAUUUGGUCUGUUUGUUUUUCUCUGGAACCGGUUUAUCCCUGCGGAUAUAUCUGCAAAUGCUGGCGAAUUGUAUUAACCAGGAGGUGAUUAUUCAGGAAUGUUUAAAGGAGUCAAUACUAGAGAUAUCAAGUUCUAUUUACAGUAAUUCAAAAGAUGAGAAAUCCAGCAAUGUGUUGUCCUCUAUCCUUCUAAGCCUGAUGAAGAAAGAAGAAAAUCUGGAGAAAUAUUUACAAUUUAUUGAUCCAUGGAUCCAUCUUAUAUCAGGAGAGGAAGUUGAAUUCUCUGCCCUGUGUAUAAAACAUAUUGUGUUAAAGCAUCGUCUUGUGGAAUUAGAGAGCUUAAAGAGACAAGCUCUUCUACCCAUUCUCAUAGAUCUAGAAAUCCUUCCUGAGCUAGAUAUAGACUCUGUAUCCAGUAUUGUUCAAGAUUUUACAUUCCUCACGGACAAAAUUCUCACUACUAAUAUCGGAAGUGUAGAGGAUCUUGAACCUGAAAUUAUUAUGAAUUUGCUUGAAAUUAUUCAAAGUGCAGCUGCUAUCACAAUUCAUCAGUCAAGAUUGCAAGGAAUGCAGAGUUUACUGCUGAACACAUUAUACCUGCUGAGGAUGGUCCAUGAGGCCGGGAAGAACGGGGUCGAGGAUUUUAAACCAAUUGGAAAAUUAUCUGAACUGUCAGAACUACAGAAGAAAACCCCUGGAUCAGAAGAUGAUCUGGAAUCUAAUCCAGUUUUUGGAUUCAAGGAAACAGGAUAACAUCAUAUAAUCUACCCAUAAAUUGGGCUUGUCUGUUUGUUUGUGUCAAAUAAAUGUUAAAACGGCUGAA